CCGCUUUGUUAAUGUCAAAGUCAAAUCAAUAUCUUUCUCUUUUGCUGUAAUUUUACUUCACAACAUAUAUUUCUAUUUUCGAGAUAAGUGAUAUGAAAAGAGAGAAACCAUUACAUUGUGAAGUCAAAAAAAGCUUGUAUAUGACAUUAAUUUUGACUUUAAAUCGUCCUUCGUGUCACAGUGUCACAGAAUUUUGAAGUAGUGAGGAGGUUUUAUUUUAUCUACAUUUUUGAACUCUUCCACAAACCUUAGAAAUGACUACUAACUGGAACUACCCCGAUCCCGCUCUACAGGAUGAACUCAGGAAAAUCGCCAACGCCAUCGUGGCACCAGGAAAAGGUAUUCUGGCAGCCGAUGAGUCCGUCUCGACAAUGGGAAAGAGAUUGCAGGACAUUGGUAUGCAAAACAGCGACGAUGCCCGUCGUAAAUACAGACAACUUUUAUUCACAACCUGCCCCACACUCGGAGACUACAUUUCCGGUGUAAUUCUCUUCCACGAGACUCUGUACCAAAAGGCCGAAGAUGGAACUCCUUUCCCCGAAUUGUUGAAACAAAGAGGAAUCAUUCCCGGCAUGAAGGUAGACACUGGUGUCGUCCCACUUUUCGGCAGCAACGAUGAAUGCACCACCCAAGGUUUGGAUGACUUGGGAAAACGUUGCGCUCAAUACAAGAAAGAUGGUAUCCACUUCGCCAAAUGGCGUUGCGUUUUGAAAAUCGGAAAACACACUCCAUCUAUUCAAUCGCUGAUUGAAAACGCCAACGUUCUAGCUCGUUACGCGUCCGUCUGUCAAGCCAACAGAAUCGUACCCAUUGUCGAACCAGAAAUUUUGCCUGAUGGUGACCACGAUCUCGUCACGUGCCAGAAAGUCACCGAAACCGUAUUGGCUUACACCUAUAAGGCUUUGUGGGACCACAACGUCUACUUGGAAGGAACCCUUCUGAAACCUAACAUGGUCACUGCCGGCGCCCAAUCCUCGUGCAAAGCUGCUCCGCCAGACGUUGCACGUGCCACAGUCGAAGCUUUCCAACGUAGAGUCCCGCCAGCCGUACCUGGAGUAACAUUCUUGUCCGGUGGUCAGUCUGAGGAAGAAGCUACCAUCAAUUUGAACGCCAUGAACUUACAUCCUGGAAAGAAACCAUGGGCCCUUACCUUCAGUUACGGCCGUGCCCUUCAAGCUUCGGUCCUCCGAGCAUGGGGUGGAAAAGACGAAAACGUCAAGGCAGCUCAGGAUGAAUUAUUGAAGCGUGCUAAGGCCAACAGUGAAGCCUGUCAAGGCAAAUACUUAGCUGGCAGCGCUAAAAGCUUUGCUGCGGACGCAGGUUUGUUCGUUAAAGACCACGUAUACUAAAUGUGGAAACGAUUGGUACAUCCUACCUCUAUUAUAAUAAAUGUGGCGUUACAAUUGUUAGUGAUUAAAUUAGAUCUUUAUAUAUUAUAAACAAAUCCAAAUUUUUUAAAAGUCUGUUAUAUUAUAUCUGUUAUGUACUUGUAAAUAUUGUUUUAAGGAUUUAUACAACUUUGUGUAUAUUAAUUUAUAGAUGGAUAAAGAAUUUUUUUAUUUUUAACAUCGAUAGUUAUGAUAUGCAUCAGGAAAUAAAAUAUAAUUGAAGAGGAAAUAAAGUUUAAAGUAUGUGA